AUGGAACAAAAUAGCACCACAGCUGAAGUGACACAAUCACAUGCUGUCCAACAGCAGAGCCCAUCUUUAUCACAAGGCAGCGACCCUGCUGUUGAUAAUGUGCCACGGCAAAGCUCACCUUCAUCACAAAGUAGCGACCCUGCUGCUGAGUCGGUUGAACAAGAAGUAGCGGAUGAAAGCUACAUUGAAGGCCGGUUAGAUAUUGACGAGAAACGAAAGAGAUUCGACGAGACAUCCUGCACAGUCGAAGAGAAAGAACUGUCUGAUCUGUUCAAGAAGGGAUUGCUCGCGGAUGGAAGCACCGGCCCCUUAAAGGGGGAUUUCACAUUGCACGAUCUUCCCCAGCUAAUCGGCGACGAGGCAUGUAGCGUUCAGUGGAAAACUUCAAAGCCAAAGCCAAAGCAGAAGGCGUCGGGAAGCUCCAGGAAGAAUGCCCAGGAAACAGGAUUAACUGAUGAUGAACUGGCCAGCAUUUUGCAAGCUUGUCCAGGCUUGGAGGACUCCAUCACCAAAUCCUAG